CAACCAGCAUGAUAGAUUUUCUAUUAGCAGUGACAUACCUUCCCCUGCUGGAAAAACUCAUCAUGAGAAGGCAUCCUCUGAGAUGGCAGCAGAUCACUUUAGAACAGAACAUUCUGAGCAUUUACCCAUGCAUGUACCUUUUGAUAUAUGCCAAAGUAAAAGUAAAAGUAAAAGUGGGUCUGCAUUAUCACUAAAACCUUCUUUAUUUGCAAAAAACAAAGAAAAAAGGAAAGAACAAGAGUGCUUCAAGAGUAGUGAAAAACAUAUCCUCCUGAGGAAAGGAAUGGUUCUUCUCAGAAAAUACAUCAGUCUCAGUAAUCAGAUCAACAUUAUAAAGAAGUGUCAAGAACUUGGUUGCGGUCCUGGAGGAUUCUAUCAACCUGUUUUCCGAGAUGGUGCCAAACUACAUCUGCAAAUGAUGUGCCUUGGUAAGAAUUGGGACCCAGAAAUGAAAUCAUAUGGAGAUCGCCGAUCAAUUGAUGAUGCAUGCCCACCCAGUAUUCCUGUUGAGUUCAAUAAGUUGGUUGAACAAGCAAUUCUAGAUUCCCAAGUCUUCAUAAAGCAAGAUCAGAAACUUAGCAAUGUAGAAGAUGUACUUCCUGGAAUGUCACCAGACAUCUGCAUUGUUAAUUUCUACACUGAGAGUGGGAAACUUGGUCUCCAUCAGGAUCGAGAUGAAACUCCCGAGAGUUUAAAAAGAGGGUUACCUGUUGUCUCAUUCUCCAUUGGUGACUCAGCGGAGUUUCUGUAUGGAGACAACAGGGACCCUGAUAUGGCACACAAAGUUGUUCUCGAAUCUGGCGAUGUGCUUAUAUUCGGAGGUGAGGCAAGGCAUAUAUUUCAUGGGGUGCCAUGUAUUACGCGUAACUCAGCUCCAAGUUCUCUAGUUGAAGAAUCAAACCUUCUUCCUGGACGUCUAAAUCUCACAUUUCGAAAGUAUUAGAAACUUCCUCUACUAGCUGUGUAUUUGGAUGGUACUUGUAAGUAAUCUGUUUCUUCUGAUGCACUUGAAAUAGAUUGAAGUUUUUGCAAGUAUUAUUGUAGCUCCCCAAAGGUUAAAAAUUCUGUUUGACUAAAAUUAUUAUAUUUCAUCAAAGUUUUUAAUUUGCAAAGCAACAUAAAAACCUCAUGGAUCGAGUUAACAAUUCAGGCAUAUGGUUGAUUUAUUGUUUAUGGUUUUUGCUCAGGCAGUUUAAGCAGGUUGGACUUUCAUCUAUUAUUACAUGGGUAUAAUACAUUAAAUAUUCAUAUAAUA